CAGCACGAGUCGACUGCGUGACGAGAAGAAAUGAGUAGCAGCAAACUCGACCGGUUUGUCCAGACUGUCCGGUUGUUUUCGGAGGAAUGUUGGCUUUAACUAUCACAUGCUUGGAGCUGUCAGUGUGCCUGUACGGGCUAUGUUUAUUCGUUUCUUCUGCUGAAGCUUUAGGAUGAGCUCUGAGUGGGUCGUAUGACCUUUAGUGCACACCUAGGUAGUACAAGGUUACACUUUAGAAGAGAAUAAGUUGCUCCAAAGGUGUGUCUGCUGAUGGCAUGGGAGCCAGGGAGUGGAAAAGGCCACGUGUACCUGAAGACCUGUCGCUGGAGGAACGAGAUGAGCUGUGCAACAUCCGACGCAGGAAAAAAGAGCUGCUGGAUGAUAUUAAACGGCUGAAGUUCGAGAUUGCAGAAGUCAUGACGGAAAUUGAGCAGUUAACCUGCGUCGGGGAGAGCAAAACCACACAACGAAACAAACAAAUCGCCAUGGGGAGGAAGAAGUUCAACAUGGACCCCAAAAAGGGCAUCCAGUUCCUUCUGGAAAACGAUCUCCUCCAGAACACGCCAGAGGACAUUGCGCAGUUCCUUUACAAAGGCGAGGGGCUAAACAAGACGGUGAUUGGGGACUACUUAGGGGAGCGGGAUGACUUCAACAUCAAGGUGCUCCAGGCAUUUGUGGAGCUUCACGAGUUCGCAGAUCUUAACCUCGUCCAAGCCUUGAGGCAGUUCCUGUGGAGCUUCAGACUUCCUGGCGAAGCGCAGAAGAUCGAUCGCAUGAUGGAGGCAUUUGCUUCGAGAUACUGUCAGUGCAAUCCUGGCGUCUUCCAGUCUUCAGACACCUGCUACGUGCUUUCAUUUGCUAUCAUCAUGCUGAACACCAGCCUGCACAACCCCAACGUCCGAGACAAACCGCCCGUGGAGCGUUUCAUCUCCAUGAACCGUGGCAUCAACGAAGGCGGAGACCUCCCGGAAGAGCUGCUCAGGAAUUUGUACGACAGCAUCAAGAGCGAACCAUUUAAGAUCCCGGAGGAUGACGGCAAUGACCUGACGCACACGUUCUUCAACCCAGACAGGGAGGGCUGGCUGCUUAAAUUAGGAGGCAGAGUGAAAACCUGGAAGAGGAGGUGGUUCAUCCUGACAGACAACUGCCUCUACUACUUUGAAUACACAACGGACAAGGAGCCCCGUGGGAUUAUUCCCCUGGAGAACCUUAGUAUCAGGGAGGUGGAGGAGCCCAGGAAGCCCAAUUGCUUCGAGCUGUACAACCCGAACCACAAGGGUCAGGUGAUCAAAGCCUGCAAGACGGAGGCGGACGGCCGCGUGGUGGAAGGCAACCACGUAGUCUACCGGAUAUCGGCGCCCACGCCCGAGGAGAAGGAGGAGUGGAUCAAAUCCAUCAAGGCCAGCAUCAGCAGAGACCCCUUCUACGACAUGCUCGCCACCAGGAAGAGACGCGUUGCCAACAAAAAGUGAAGUGGCGCCCGGAUGACGUCGGAUACCUCAGCGUAGACCGCAAAACCAAAACCGGUGAUGUGAUGGUUUUGUUUUUGUUGUUGUUGUUUUUGAGCGGGUGGACAAUUGAGAUGCACCCCGUUGGAAGAGGGGCCAACUGCGCGCGCGCACACACACACACACACACACAAACACACACACACGUGGACUUUUGGGUGCACGACCCUCCUUCCUCACCUCUUUCCGCUCAAACAUGUUUCAGGUGCACUUGCGUGUUUGUAAGCGCGCGCGUGUGCUGCCCGAUUGGAACCUCAGCAAGUGUGCAGGGUUAAAAUUUUUACAAAAUAGAGAAAAAGAGUCUUGAGUCAGCUGGACUGAUUUCAUCCACUAGUGAAGGGCAAGACAAUUAUGAACUGUGCAUAUUUUUGAUUUGCGUUUGUGUAUUAAAGGCGGGCAAGAACUUUUAGGGUUACACUGAAAAGAAAAAAAAAAAGCAAUACUUGAUACUACAUUCUGAGAACAAAGCCAUCAUUUCCACCAGAAAAGUCCUAAUAUGCAGUCGUCAUAUGUAAAAUUUUACAAUGAAUUUCUAAUGUUUUAUGACAAUAAAUUCUUAAUUUUACGAGAAACAAGAAAAAUGUUGCCGGUUUUUAAUGUGUUACUAUUUUACAUGGAUAACAACAUUAACAUAAAAUCAGUUAAAAAGGAAUAGUCAUUUUUUUACAAGGAUGAAAUUGUUGUUUUACUCUGAUAAAGUUGGAAUAAUAUGGAUUAAAAAAAGAGAGUUCAUUGAAUUAAAUUCACAAGAUUAUUUUCUGCGAACGUUAUUACCGUUAUGAGAAUUUUUUUUCUAAACGAAAAUAAUUUACCAGGAAUACAGCCCUUACAUAGCAAAAUAUAAAAAUAAGUGUGACAAAGUUAUUUCAUGUCAAUCAAGCUUUAAUAAAAGCUACAUUUUACAAGAAUAAAGUUGUAAUUUUACAACGAAGAAGAUAUCAUAGUUGGAGAAAAAGAAAUGAUAUUUUACAAGACUUACUCCUUUAAAGGGCAAGAAAACUGUUUUGUAAGAGGAAAACGCUCUUCUUGAGAAAAAAAGGGGGCAAAGUUAUAAACACUCAAGUUAUAACGACAUUCAAAUCCUAUCAUCACGAUUAAGAAGUGGUAGUUUUAUAAGAACAAUAAUUUUUUUGAAAUAGGAAUAAAAUACUCAUGUUUUUUAAAUUAUCAUGAUUUUGGAAGAAUAAGGUAAUUUCACACAAAGAAAAUUGUAAUAUUGCAAUAUACAUGUAUAUAUAGAAUAAAGUUAUAUGAAAUGAACCAAGUUUUUCAAUGGAAGUUGUGAUUUCACAAAAAACAAAGUAGUUUUUCAACAAAAACAAACUUUUCAAAAACCAAACUUUUUUUUUUUGAGGAAAACAAUGUUGAGAAUAAAAGACCAAACAUGUUGCUGACAAUCUUGUCAGGUUACACCUUAUGGUACAUGUUGUGGUCAAAAAUGGUAUUGUAAAAUCCCGCCCCCCGAAAAAAAACCCACUCUUGUAACAAAAUUGCUUGCUUCUUUCCCCUAAUUAAUUUUUCCUUUAAAAAAAUACAAUUAUACAUUCUUGUACAUGACACCCCAUUCUUGUACAUUUUUUUUCCUCAAACUUGCUACAUUUUUUCCCAUAUUUAUUUUUUUCAUGGUUACUAGUAGAACUUUAUUCUCAACAAGAUUCCCCCCAGUCUUUUCAGUGUGGCCUUAAUACGCCUCGGAAGUCACUUGCAAAGUUUUUUUAAUACAGCAGGCCCAGUUGAGGGCACCAGUCCAACUAAGCUUUUCUGUUUGUUUGUUUGUUUGUUUAUUUGUCCACUUGCCAUCGUUGUUGUAACGUGUUUGGGUUCGUAACCUUUGCUUGCUUUUUGUGUUGUUAUCGGACUAUAACCUGACUAUCAAAUUUUUUUCAGUAUUUAUUUUCAUUCUGUGAAACGGUUUGACACCACCUGUAAAUGUUCAACAUUGUAUGCCUAAGUUUAUAUAUACACACACACACACACACGUUUGGGUGGACUUAAAAAAAGCCUUAAAAUAUAAUCAUAAAAAAACUCCAAAAGAUUUUAGAUUUAUUAUUGGGCCGGAACUGUGACGCCGCUGUUAAAAAAAAGAAAAAAAAGCCAUGACUGACGUGCGUGUGCACGUGCGCGGGCAAGUAUUUGUGAUUUUCAAGACAGUGGUGCUUGGUGUGACAUUAACGCUAAUAAUUAUAAAGGUACAGUAUAUCUCCUGAUGAUGAUGAUGACGGUAAUACCCUGGAUGAAGAUAUCUAAAAAUGACAGUCACUGGUUUUCUAUGUGAUUGUAAAUUCUAAUGCAAAGCCUUGUGAUUCAUGGCACAGUGUUAUUAUUUUAUCAAGAUGAUGAUGAUGAUGAUGUUUUCCUGCCCCUCGCGAGAUCCCAAGUCGCAUUGGCUUUUCUAUGCUGCGUCAAAUCUACGGUGGGUCACGUUCACGUUUAUCUUACAUAAAGCAAGCUUUUGCAGCAGAUGUGUUGAUGAUUCGGGCAUGUUUUUUUUAACCUAUAUAAUUUGCAUGUGUAAUGAGCGCUCGUGAAUGAACUAUACGUACUGUCGUGCACGUGCAUCGCGAGGACUUGGCACCAACGGACGACGCGUACUCGCUGCCGCGUCGUUUUGAAACAAUUAGGGAACAAUUUGACGUCACAGUACAAGCAGCAGACAGGAAGUGGUACGAGAGAAGCCAAGAAAGGUUGACACGGGUUCAUUUGAUUACAUGAUCGAUUGAGCGAUUGAACGUAUGACACACCAAGAGAAAAAUGGAAAUAAGAGAUAAGAUCAUACCUAGAUGUCUUCGCUCAGCGCAGUGUACCUGAUUGGUAUAUUUUUGUACCAACUCUAUUUUCGAACCUUUUUUUUGAACGCGUCGAAGUGAUUCCCACUUUUUAAAUUAUGUUUCAUAAUCGUUCCAUAAAUUAACACCUGCAACAGAAACUCACAUUUGCUUCAUUUUUGUUCUCAUCUUUAUGUUUUCAAGUCGCAAUUGACGGCCCGUCAACCAUUAAAACCCUCGCUGACAUGUGUGGUUAGAAGGCGCCCUCUAGGGGCCGUGGAUUCUCAUCGCAGGCUCUCAAAAUGAAAUUUUCCAAUGAAAUCUGAUGAUACACACAAUUAAUGAACGGCACAAAAUAUGUAUUGGCCCAUCUCAAGCAACUUCAUUUUUUCCAAAUCAUUGUGAUUGAAAGUUUUCAUUUGAGUAUCAGGACUGAAAGAAACAGCGGUGCUUAUUAUUUUUUGUUCAGCAUAGAGUUAGCAAAUAAAUUCUUAUUGCUAUACACAAUACGCAGUAUCAACAAUAUCUUGGCCUAGGAUAAUAAUUUAAAGAAAACAACAAUGAAACAAACCAAUAUGUUACAUCCAGUAUUGCCCCGUAUAAUUCAUAUUAAAACUAGGCAAUUGCAAUACACAGUGGGAAAAGAGAAGAGAGUAAAAAGGUCUGAAAACCCCUAAACCAAGACGGAAAUUCCAGCUUGAGUGACCGCAAAUACGAGUCCUGUCCAAACACACCUUGAAAGAAGUCAGCCCCACACUGACACACACUGGUGCAUAUUUUUUUUAUACUUUAUUCAUACACGGUAUCCGCUCUAGCGCAAAGAACAGAGGAACAACAAGACGAGUCGGGUGGGCCAGCGAGAGACAAACAAACAUGGGCGUGCUUCUGACUUUGGAGCCUCUUGCGGCAUCUUACAAUGCUAAACUUGCACAUUGGGAAAUCACGGGAAUUAGUUUUUACAUGAGCAGGUUAGUCUGUAACUUGGGAUUUUAAUGGUUGAAAACGCAUAGAGAAGCUUCAAGAUGUUGAAUUUGUACCGGCCUGUUUUAUUAGAUGGACGGAUAAAGUGCCAUUCACAAAUCAACUGAAGCCCGAAAUGCAAAUUUUCAGUUUGCUUGCAUGUCUUAGACUUAAACUUGCGUACAAUACAGUAUGUAUAAAUUCCAUGUUCAUUCCCAUUCUUCUUUUUGAAAUACUGAUAAUUUAUGAUAACAACUGUCAGAAAUUAAACCUCAUAAAUAUAUGAACCAUAACUGACUAAUUGUCUGUCUCCAGCUUUCCUCUGAGCAGGAUGAGUGGUAUAAAAUAAAAGAAAAUCAAGGCCAAUGUACCGGUAAUAAUCCAGCGGUUCAUUUUCCAUCUGGCCUUUUUAAGCGUCACAGGUGAGUGGCUUGCCAACAAACAAAACGGGAAAAUUGAAUUAAAAAUGAAGAUCAAGAUCAAACAAUAUACAAUAAAACAAAAUAAGAUGAACAUAAAAAUACCUCAAAACAAAAUAAAUCAAUAAAUAAAUAACAACAAAAGACAAAAGGAAAUAAAAAU